UUGCCACCAGGCCGGGUUACCAAGACCAAGGAUGGCCAUGAAGUGCGGACGUGUAAAGUAGCCGACAAAACUGGCAGCAUAAACAUCUCUGUGUGGGACGAUGUUGGCAACCUCAUCCAACCAGGAGACAUCAUCCGACUCACCAAAGGGUAUGCAUCUGUUUUCAAAGGCUGCCUGACCUUAUACACUGGACGUGGAGGAGACUUGCAGAAAGUUGGAGAGUUUUGUAUGGUUUACUCAGAAGUGCCAAAUUUCAGUGAGCCAAACCCAGAAUAUGUCGCCCAGCAGUCGCAAAACAAAAAUACACAGAAUGACAGCGCAGCGCCCACAGCCUCCCAAACCACAGCAGGGCCUUCCACGUCAUCAGCAGUCACUGACAACCAGAAUGGCAACGGGUUGAUCACCACUGGAUCUGGCAGCUCCACCCACACACCUAGUGCCCCCUCUCACCCCACCAGCGGCCGCAUCACCCGAAGCCAGCCCAACCACCAGAGCGGAAGCUCGUCAGGGUCGUCCUCUAACCCAGUCAGCAAUGGCAAAGAGACACGGCGAAGCAGCAAGAGAUAACAAGCACAGGAUUUGGGGUUGCUUUUCUGUCCCUUCCCUCCACUGCCUGCUGUGUUAACCUUUGCCUCCUGCUGAUCAGCUUUUGAGGCAGAGCGGCUGACACCGAGAAGAGACGGGUGGCCAGGCUAUGGAUGCAGAGACUCUGAAUUGUACGAAACCAAUUUGUAUUUUAGACACCGAAAUCUCCUUUUUAACAUGCGAUGCCAAGUACCGGGUGAGGGUCUUGAGUGCGUUUAUGCUGAUAAUCCCAGGUCAAACUUGUUCUUUUCAGGAUUCCUUGCAGGAAAUUAACAUGUCUGCCUGGCCGCCUUUUAACCUGAUUGCGUUUCAUUGCUCCCUUCUAACUUCCCAGAGGGCAUGUUCCUGUGCUACAGGCGCAUGCGUCCUUGAUUUUAACCCCCUUCUAAAAAACGAAGUCUAGAACCCUUAAAAGAGGGGUUUGAAAGAUGUGACCCUUCAAGGGCUGUUGGAGUCCAAUUCCCAUCAGUCCCAGCCAGUAUGGCCAAUGGUUGGGAUGAUGGGAGUUGUCCAUCCACAUCUGAAAGUCCACAGGUUCCCCAUCUCUGGUUUAAAACUAUUUAUUGUGGACUUGUGACGAAACCUAUGAAACAACUCUAGACCGAGUGGCUUUGUUAAUUAUUAUUGGGGGCUAAAUGACACGUUGUGUUUCAGUUUCCAUAAGGCUCUUGAGGUUCAUGGGAUGUUUUGUAAGGAGGAGGCGUACCCAGACAAACAAAACAGAAUUUAUGCCACUUUUUCCGAGCCAAACUGAGUGACUAUCCAGAACCGGCCAGUGAGAUGGCACUGUUGCCCCAAACAUAUUCUUGAUUGAUAUUGUAGCUCACAGCAUCCUGUAGCUAGGUUUCUGUAGAUAUAAUGAUGGUGUUAGAUUUAGAUGUGUGGCUAAAUUGAGAAGCUUUUAAACAACAACAACCUCAAAAAAAACCCACACAUGCCCAAAUCUAAAUUAUGAAAAAUGAGGCUUCGGUUAUAUUUUCAUUUCUAUUAUGGUGCAGAAAACUUUAAAUAGAUUUGUGUUUUUAUUCCAGCGUAUCUCAGCAUGGUUGGCGUCCAAGGCUGGCAGUGUUGGGCAUAUUUUCUGAGGCCUGUCAGGCUCACAAGCCUGCCAGCCUGGUUCUCAUUUGGUAGAAGGCCCAGCCAGGGUCAGAGAUGUAAGGUGUGUUUGCCCCUAAACUGGUCCAGACCCUGUGUGAAGUAAGAAAGCUACUCAGACUACCCCCUGUAACCUCUUUUGGGGUUAAUCAUUGCUGUUCUCUAUGUCCUUGUUCCUCUCUCCUAACAUUUAAGGGGCCUAUUAGGUUCAAGGGCCCCAGAAAGCUAUUGAUUGCCCUGAUUUCAGUUAGCUAGAAGGAAUCCGCAGAAUAGUCUGCUUUGUAAAUGGAACACUAAAAGUUUUGAAAGGAAGAUAAGGUGGCAUUUAAACACUACAAAACCAUUUUGCCAAACUUAAAACAAUUUCUCGAAAGCCAAUAAAAUGUUCAGAAGAAACAUUUUCUCUCUCUUUUUUGAAGUGCUAUUUUAUCUAGCAGUCUGGGUCCUUGUCUCCUUUUCUCUCUUUCCUUCUCUUCUCCACUCUAGAGUAAUUGCUUGAAUUUCUCAACUGGUUGUUUUUUUUAAAGCUACGUCACUGUUGUCUAAAAUCUGAUGUGACAGUUUGAAUGUACUAUUCAUGAAUGUUUGGGGAAUAAAUAUUUUAAUCCUCUUUA